AUGGCUCAUUCCGACGUAGAUUCCCCUGUAGAUACAUUAGAUUUAAAGAUACCUCAAUUAAUCCAUCAAAUCGAUUCAACAGAUAUAAAUGUACUUAGAGAAUCAGUGUCAUCAGUUAGAAAGGCAUUGUCGAUUGAGAAGAACCCACCCAUAGACUAUGUUAUCAAAUAUGGGUUUGUACCAAGACUGAUUCAACUGCUUCACUUUGAUGACCCAGUCAUCCAAGAAGAGGCUGCAUGGGCAUUGACCAACAUUGCAUCGGGCAGUCAACAAAAUACAUACAGUGUUGUCAAUCUCAACAUCAUCCCUACUCUAGCCUCGCUCUUGUCGAGUCCCCACCCACGUAUUGUCGAUCAAAGUAUCUGGGGUCUUGGUAACAUUGCAGGUGACAGUGUUGCCCUACGUAACCUCGUACUUGAACAAGACGUCUUACCAGCUCUCCUUGGAAUCUUUGAGAAACAUUCACGAAACACCAAUAUCCUCAGAAAUGCAUGUUGGGCAUUAUCCAAUCUAUUCAGAGGUAAACCUUUAUCUGAUUCUCACUAUGCAGAAUUAGCGUUACCAACAAUAGCAAGAUUAUUAUAUUUACAAGAUCAAGAUGCAUUGUGUGAUGUGUUGUGGUGUAUUUCGUAUGUAUCAGAUACUACAAAUGAAAGAAUGCAAAAGGUGUUGGAUUGCAAUGUUGUAGGUGUUUUGAUUGGCAUUCUCACCAAGGCUGAGCGUCCAUUGGUCAGUCCUGCCCUACGUACACUCGGCAAUUUCUUGACCGGUGACGAUAUCCAGACACAGACCGUGUUGAAUCACGGAGCAUUGGCAGUGUUGGCCAAGUUGCUCGCCAACCCCAAAGCAGAGAUUCGAAAGGAGGUUUGUUGGUGCAUCUCCAACAUCACCUCUGGCAACAGAGCUCAAAUUCAACAAGUCAUAGACUCUGGUAUCCUCCCAACUGUCGUCGAACAUUUAUUAACUGAUACUGCUGCAGUUAAAAAGGAAGCUAUUUGGGCAAUUAGUAAUGCAUGUUGUGGAUCAUCAGCUGAGCAGAUUAAAUAUUUGGUUGAAAUUGGAUCAAUCCCUGCACUGGUAGCAGGAUCAAAAUUGGCAGACGACAUUACAAAGGUUGCAUUGGAAGGAUUACAUUAUAUCGCAAAGGCAGGUGAUGUUCCCAGCUCAUCGUCGUCAUCAUUGACACCAUCUGAAAACGCCUACAAAUCAAUCUUUAAGGAUUCACUUAGAUCACUUCAACAAGCACUUAUCCCCCAUGAAUCGAGACAUCUCUUCCACAGUAUCUUGAGUAUGAUGGGUGAGAACAUUGAAGAGUACGACCUUUCUGAUGCAUCAGACGAAGAGUUUGAAAUGUAUGAUGAUGUUGAUGUCGAAGUUCUCAGUCCUGCUCUAGUUCUAGAUGAAGACGAAGAUGAAGUUACAGAUUACUCUAUUUCUGGUGGUGAAGAUGAAGAUGACGAGGAAGACGAAGAUGAAGAUGAGGAUGAAGAAGAUGUAAAUGAAGAAGAUGUUGCCGGUCUAGAUGAACUCGUUGAUGAUUUUACCAAUACCGUUGUUAUUAAAACAAAACAAAUUAAUCAAAAUAAUAAUAAUCAUUAG